AUGCUCAUCACGCUGUGUUAUCUGUACCUGUGGGCGCGCUGGGGGGCGCGGCCCGCGCGCAUUAUCCGCAGCACGGUGCGCAGGCUACAUCGCACCAGCUGCUCCUUCACAUUCUGCAGUAGCGGCGGGGGCAGCAAGCUGCAGCUGGAGCAGCCGAGGCCCGGCCCGGGGGCCCCGGGGGUCACUGAGGAGAGUAUCUGCUUAAGGAUGGGAAACCGAGUCUUCUUCAUUGAUGAGACCCAGUCCAUUGAUGACUUAAAUAAAUGGGCUCUACUUCUUGUUUCUCCUUUCAUUUAUCCUGAUGAUGUUCUUGAAGCAGAACACAUAGCCUUUGUGAUAGAAAGCAUUUUGCUACGAAGUCAGAAUUUACAGACAUCAUUUUUCCCUUCAGAAACGAUUGUAAAGUGGUCGGACUGUUGUUUGCCAUUAGCUUGUAGUCCUGGGGAGCCUUAUAAGCUAUUUGCUGAAGCAAGUGUAGAUAAUUUCAGCAAGUUGGGCAUUGCAUUCAUGGAAAACAGGCUCCAAAUGGAUAAUGGAAUGGUACCACAAAAGAUUGUCUCUGUACAGUUUCAGGACUCCAUGCUGAAAGAGCUCCAGCAGUUGACCUCCAAGGUCAUAGAAGUGGAAGAAUUGACUUCAGACUUACCUUUUGAAACUGUAACUGAAUUGGAAGAGAUGGAGCAUUUAGGUGGGGAUGACAAAGUUCCAGAUGAGUCUGAUCAGAAGAAAGUCAGUGCUUCUCAAGAGGAACCCACCAAUCCAUCAGAAAAAGGAGAUGACACUGAUGACCACCAUCACUUACAUCUAUCAAGCUGCCAUGAAUGCUUGGAACUAGAAAGCAGCACCAUUGAAUCUGUCAGAUUUGCAUCUGCAGAAAACAUUCCUGAUCUUCCUUAUGAAAACCUAGAGGGCAGUGUUGACACACCCUGCCAUAUUGGACAACAAAGAAGAGUCAAUGUUACUGGGAAGCCACCAAAUAUAUUGCUCUUUGUGGGUUCUGAUCACCAGGAAGCACAGCAGAGAUUCCAGCAGCUCCAUUCCAUUUUGACUGACUGUGUUGAUACUGAUAGUUAUAUAAUUUACCAUCUGCGGGAGAAGAAUGUGCUCAAUGAUCCAUGGCUGGAUAACUCUUUAUUGUUGAUCAUUGCUACAGAGGAACCUAUUUCUAAAGCAAUUUGCCAGAAGUUUAUGGCAUACCUAUCCCAAGGUGGGAAAAUUUUGGGGCUAUCUUCCUCCUUCACAUUUGGUGGGCUGCAGCUGAGAAGCAAAGAGGGACUUAAGAAGACAAUUCAGACAUUAGUUUUUUCCAAGGCUGAUCACAAUGAAAUUAAACUGAAUGUGCUGACUAGUGGCUAUAUUUAUGAAGGAGGUACUGGGGAGCUUCUCUGUCCUGGAAAGCUCAAGGGUUACUUAGAAAACACAGACAAAGACAAGAUGAUCGUGCAUUUACCUUUUGGAACAAAUGGAGGAGAAGCUAUUCUUUGUCAGGUGCACUUGGAAAUAUCUGAUAACACUUUAAUACAAACUCAAGAUGCCUUUAAUUUGCUGAAAUCAAGCAAUUUUAGAAGAUAUGAAGUCCUUAAGGAGAUACUGACUGUCUUUGGCUUAAGCUGUGAAGUAAAGAGAAUCCCUUCCCUGACUCCUCUUUACUUGUUGUCCGCUGAGGAGAAAACCCGAGUUUCCUUUAUGCAAUGGCUUGCAAGAAAUGUGAAUCCUGAUGGAGUAAUGACAUUCAGCAAGUUGACCCUUAAAUUUACUUCAUCCUAUAAACCAGAAUUGGAAGUAACUCCAUCUUAUAUGCCAGUUGUCACUGCAACAGAGGAAUUUGCCUCAGAACAUUUUAAUCCAGAGAUCUACCGAAAAAAUUUGCAGACAAAGCAACUAGGAAAAAUAGUUCUGUUUGCUGAAGUGACUUCAACCACAAUGAAUCUUCUGGAUGGGUUGAUGUUUAAGGUGCCAUCAGACCUGGGUUUGAUAGCAAUUGCAGUCCAGCAAACACAAGGCAAAGGUCGUGAUGGCAAUGUCUGGCUUAGUCCUGUGGGUUGUUCUAUUUCUACCCUACACAUUUGUAUCCCGUUGUAUUCUCACCUGGGGCAGAGAAUUCCAUUUGUUCAGCAUUUGAUGUCUUUGGCAGUAGUGGAAGCUGUUCGAUCCAUUCCUGAGUAUCAGGAUAUUGACUUACGAGUAAAGUGGCCCAAUGAUAUCUACUACAGUGAUCAGAUGAAACUUGGUGGGGUUUUGGUCAACUCAACACUUGUGGGAACAACUUUUUACAUACUUAUUGGUUGUGGAGUUAAUGUGAAUAACAGCAACCCUACUAUAUGCAUCAAUGACCUCAUCGUAGAAUAUAAUAAGAAGCAUAAUAAAAACCUAAGUCUGUUCCGUGUGGAUUAUCUUAUUGCAAGAACAGUAACUGUGCUGGAGAGACUUAUAUGUGCAUUUCAGGACAAAGGACCUAAUGCAGUUCUUCCUCUAUAUUAUAAAUACUGGGUGCACAGUGGUCAGCAAGUCCGUCUGGGAAGCAGUGAGGGGCCAGUGGUAUGGAUUGUUGGUGUUGAUGAUUCUGGCUUCCUUCAAGUUCAUCAAGAAGGUGGAGAUGUUGUGACUGUGCAUCCAGAUGGCAACUCUUUUGACAUGCUGAGAAACCUCAUCAUCCCUAAAAAUCUCUAGUCACAGGAGCCAGGGAAAUGGCUGCCUUUUAUGUCCCAUCCUGGUCACAAUGAUGCUGUUUGCCUCAUCUAGUUGAAAUUAGUUUUAGACAGAAGGGCACAACCACCUACAGUUACAUUCCUGUUUGAUUUCUUGAGUCUUUCCUAAGCCCAUCAAUCAUGAAGAUGUGUUUGGGAUUAUGGGUGCUAGAGAUUUUUUUCUUUCCUUAGUGACCUUUUUAAAAUGCUUUUAUGUUGUUCUUCUGGCUAAUUAUUCCCUUCUGCCUCCUUGAGAAGGGACACCAACCUUGCCCCUUUGGAUUUAAAUUGGUGUUUAUUGACAUGUGUAGCUCCUAUUUGGAAAUAGUUUAGGGAGAAUUCAGAUGUUUUCAUAAGAAGACUACGCCAUUAUUCCCUGUAAGAAGAAAAAAAGCAACAAUCCUUCAGUCUUGAGUCAUUGCUCAGUGACUUAUGAGGGAAGGUAAUAUCUUUUGGCAGUUGAUAUUUUUAUUUCUUUGUUAAGGGGAAGAAAGGGUAGAGUAAACAUUUUUCUGAAGUGGUACUUAUUUAUUUCAUGACUUGUUUGUCAUAUUUAAGUGGCUACAGAGAUUUAACAUGUGUGAAUAGAAUAGAGAUUGAAGACUUAGGGGGAAAUCAGUGAUUUGUAGUGAAUUUAAUUGGACAAUAAGAGUACUAAUUUUAUGUAUCAGAAUUUACUAUAUAUCCAGAAUUUAGUAAAAUUUAAAGCUCAAGCCCAAAUUCAAGAUCCUUAAAGAAUGAA